AUGAAUUAGACAAAUUCUAAAUUAGAACGACAAUUGAUAUCUCCUAAACAAUAAGGUCAGCUUCCAAGUCUAUACUAUGAUUAUAGUGCGAGGAAAAAAUAAAAAUUAAAAACAUAUUUUCGAUAGGAGAAAUGUAUUUCCAUUAGUCCAAACAAAUAGAUCAUUAAAACAUAAAGGGAUCUCUUGAAGAAAAUAGAAUCUGAAAGAAAUUCUGAAGUUUAUUCUUUUGAAGAUGAAGUUAGCAGAUCUGCUCGCUUUUAAAGAAAAUCAAGACUGCAUUAAAGAAAUAAAAUCUUUAAUCAUCCAAUUAUAAACAACUAGCCUUUGUACACAGAUACAUAAAACGAAACUGAAACUCCUUAUUUCAAGGAUAAGGACUCAUCUAUUAGUAAGUCUGACGACGAGAAUGAAGAGAAAAAUGAAAAUAAAAUAGAUUUAAAACUCGAGGGUGAGACUGGUAAGGCUCUGAAGUAGAUAAGCCAUAAAAUAAAUCAAGAAUUAAAUAAUUCAUUUUAUCAUUUUAUAAAAAAAUCGGAAAAAAUGAAAGAUUUGAUUCUAAAUUUUUAACAAAAGGAUAAUCUGAGUUUAAUUCAUUAUUAUUGUUUGAAUGAUAGUCUAUUUCCUAAGAGAAUCGAACUGAGUAAGCAAGAUGUUAAAGAAAUUAAUUUAUCAGAUUUAGGAUUGACUCCAAAAUAUAUUCCAUUGAUUCGGAAUUUAUUAAACUCGAAACGAGACAAAAAUAUUAAAUCAAUAGAUAUCAGUCAAAAUAAAAUUAAUGAAUGGUCUUUAAAGUUAUUAAUUGAUGUUUUCCCCUUAAAAGUCAAAACCAUUAACUUAUCGCUUAAUUAAUUAAACCGUAGAGGUGCAGUGCUACUUUCUGAACAUCUAAAAAGCUUUGAAAAUCUGAGGUUCUUGAAUUUAAAAGGAAAUCAAAUAGGAGAUACAGGAACUGCAACCAUAUUAGAGACAUUGAGAUCAAGUUUGAGGAUCAAAAAAUUAAAUUUAUCAGAUAAUGCAAUCUCUGAUGCAAUUUGCAACGAUUUAAAAGAGUUCAUCAUGAAAAAUUAAUCCAUUUAAGUGCUGAGUCUGAAUUGGAAUUAAUUGGGCCCUGUUGUUGGAUUAUCAAUAGCCAAAGGAUUAAAUUACAACAAAUCUAUUAGGGUAGUAGACUUAAGCUAUAACAAAAUUGGAUAGAGUGACAACAACUAUGAAUGUAUUAAGGAGUGGUGUUCAUUGCUGAGCAAUACAUACACAGAAUUGAUUCAUCUAGAUCUAUCUUACAAUUAAUUUAAUGAGAAAUAACUCUAAUUAAUAAACUACUCAAUUCUGAAGAAUCCUCGUUUAUAUGGGUUACACGUUGAAGGAAAUAAAUGCUUGGCUCAUGUAGACCCAUUAGGAUUUAUAUAAUUUCCCUAAUAAAUCAAAGGAAAGUAAAGUAUGCAGCCAAAGCAUUAAAAUAUCGAUGGUGUUAACUUCAUCCCAAUGUAAAACGAAAAUGAAAAUGGAUCUGACUGUUGUUGGAUAUGUUAAGGGUGGAUGGAGUAUCAUUUUGUUUAUGAACCUGAACCUGAAGAAUCCAAAACUGAUUCUAUAUAUUUGCAUUUAGACUUUUUAGAUUUCAAACCAAUAUCUAUGACGACAAGUAAAGAGUUAUGGAAAUAGAUAAGUAGCAAGAUCAAUAAUAAUGCUGUUUUGGAAGACAUAACAACAGGAGAAAUCAUUCAUUAAUUAAAGCAUGCUUUUAGUGCUGGUAAGAUAAUCACAAUGACUGCCAUAAAUGAUGCUUACACUGAAGAUAAGAAGAUGAAGGAUGACAUGAAAUCAAUAUUAUCUGAAUUGAAUUCAAAGUUCUUCUUCACUUCUUAUUAGAUGUGUCCUCCUAACUAAAAAAUACUUUACUUCUUUUCUAGUCCCACUGGAAAAGGAAUAUUUAUAAACCCAAGAUUUCCAAUAAUAUAACUGUAAACUGCUGAAAAUAUUGAGUUGAUUAUGGAUAAAGAACACGUAUUUUUUUAUCCCGAUGGGUCUCAGAUCUCAUUAUCCUAGGUCGAACAAGUGAAUUAUUUUCAAACUAAAUAGAUGCUUGUUAUUGAUUAAAAGAAUUAAUACAAACCUUUAGUGAAAGUAAUUCCUAGAUGUUUGGAAAAUAAAUAUUUUUUAAAAAGAUUUGCUGUUGAUGCAUCCAAGCAAAAAUCAAAUUUGAUUUAUUGGCAAAAGGAAUAAUCAGCCUUUAAAUCUUAUUAAGGAGACACUGAAGAUGUCUUGGAUGAGUGUUUUCAAUUUGAUUGGAAUUGUAUGGGCAUUUAACACUUUUUAAAAUCCGAAUAGGAAAUUGAAAAAGUUAUCUAGAUUAUGAGAUUUCACUAUCCAAAACUAAAAGAUGUUUAUAAGUAUUAUUCAAGCUUUGGAUAUAAUGCUAAUAUACAAUUGAAUGGCUAUCAGGUGGAAACCUUCUAUAUUCCUCUUGAGUUGAUUUACGAACUAACUCAAGAAUUACUACCAUAGGGCAUAUCAAUUGAGGAUUUAUAAUCUCAAGUGAAGUAAAUUAAGUAUAAUUGUGAUUCGAAAUUCAUAUAUAAUCCAGAGAAAGGAUUUGUUCGAUAUUAAUUUAUAGAAUUCAUUUUUAGAAUAGCUUUGCUGGUGACAAGAUUGAAACAGAAGCCUAAACUGAUUGUUGACGAGGUGUAUAGAACAUUUUAAGUUUUAACAGAAAGAUUUGCAGCCUUUGAUAACUAACAAAAGUGGAGAGAAGAACGUUUGUGGACAAAAGAGUGUGGCAAUUUAAUUUACAUCAAAUAGGGGUUCAUUUAGAGACUGCAUGAUUAUGCAGCUUCAAUUAAAAAUAAGAAAUGGUCAUUCAAGUUAAAGUGGAUAGCAUUGACAGAAUUUCUAGACUUUUGCAAUUAAAUGGGAUUUCAACAAUUUUUGAGUGAAACUCAAUUAAAAAUCAUCUACAAUUUCUCAAUGUAAACUCACCAAGAUGAAUUGACUUAAGAUAGACAUUUAAGGAUGUCCACUGUGGAAUUUACAGAAGCCUUGGCAAGGAUAGCUGAAUUCAUUAGUCCCAAUGGUAAUGAGACUGAUAAUGCAGCUACAAAUAGAUUGAUCCUUCCAUUACAUAUCAAAUUGGAGAACCUUCUAACUCAUAUCUAUAUUACUUUAAGGAUUCUUAAAGUGAAUAACUUCGAGAGUUUUAGUAUUUACUUUAGCUAUAAUUCUAAUGAGAUUUUACCUAAACCUACUGAGCUUCUGUUGGAUUAAUAUGAAUGCACAACCCAAGAAUUGAGAAUCUAUAAUGCUCUAUCCUAUUUGAAAAUGUUUAAGACCCCUUAUUUGCAUCCAAAUUAUAAACUAUUUUUAGAAAUACCUUUCCAAUAGGUUUAAAUUUUGAAGUCAAAGAGAAGUAUGAUUGAAAGAUAGAUGACUCAAAAAUAAAAACUCUUAAAGUUGAAGGCUACAUUAUAAUUACUGUGA